GGAACUUUGUAAUUCUUUGGAUAAUAAUCGAAAUGAUAUUAAUAGUCUAAUAUCUACAUUCAAAAGUAUUAAAUGUGGCAAAACAGUAACAAAAGAAACUACAAGUGAUUCUGAAUUUCAAGAUGAUAAAUUUAUGAAUUAUGUCUUGAAAGAAUCGAAUAACAAAAAUACUAUCAAUAUUUUCAUAAAUAAUCACAAUGAUUGUGAAAGUAAUUCAAUAGAUGAAAAUCAGGUUACAAAUGGAUUUUAUAAAAAUGUAUUACAGGAAAAAUCUCAAAAUUUUAAUAAAAUAAUGGCACGAUGGGUGUGCAAUCAUGGCAUAACUCAUGAAGCAACUGGCGCUCUUCUAAAAAUAUUAAGAAAUGCUGAAUUAGAUCAAUUUCGCAAUCUACCUUUAGAUCCAAGAACUUUACUUGGAACACCAAAAUCAACAAUAAUUCGUAGUGUACCACCAGGUGAAUAUUUUCAUUAUGGUUUAAAAAAUGCUUUAACUGAUCAAUUGAGAAUGAUUGGUAUCAAUAAAAUAUCUCAUGAUAUCCAGAUAAAUGUAAAUAUUGAUGGAUUGCCAAUAGCCAAAAGUUCAAAAAGUGAACUUUAUCCCAUUCUGGGAGAAAUUUAUCCAAAAAUUUCCGAGCCAUUUGUAAUCGGAGCUUAUCAUGGAUAUGAGAAGCCUAACUCCUGUAAUACAUUUCUGAGAGAAUUUAUUGAUGAAUAUAACAUUUUACAUAGAAGCGGAUUUAACUAUUGCAAUCAAAUUUUUACUGUUAUUGUACAAUUAGAGCUGUAAUUUGUGACAGUCCAGCACGAUCUUUCAUUACAUGUACAAAAGGUCACAAUGGCUACUUUGGAUGUGGAAAAUGUAGAGAAGAAGGAAAUUAUUACAAUCAUCGCAUGUUAUUUUUGAAUUCGAGUGCAGCUUUAAGAACAGAUGAAAAUUUCAUUAAACGUAUUGAUGAAAAUCAUCAUACUGGAACAUCAUUAUUUGAAGAAGCAGAUUUAGGGAUGGUCUCGCAAUUCCCACUUGAUUACAUGCAUCUUGUUUGUCUCGGAGCUGUAAAAAAAAUCUUACAAAAGGAUAGGACUAUCGUACGCAUUAAAAAUAUUUGUUUAGAUCAUGAUGAAAAACCUAUUUUAAUUGGAGAAUUAUUGAUGAAUUCUGUAGCUUUUCCAAAUUAUCCUAUUGAUUCAAAGGAGUUUGAUAUUGCAGUCGGGAAUCAAUGGUCUCAACAGACAAUUAUCAAUGCAAAUAACGUUAGCAAAAAGGCUGUAUGUAUUCCAUAUAACAAAUCUUAUUGUUUUUUGCCCUUGCUACAUUCAUCUAAUUGAUUAUUAUUUUCAAUCCACAGUAUAAAAAAUA